AUGGAGGCGUUCAAGACGUGGCUGCGCUCGAAUGGGUUCUGGUGGAACGAAGACGCGAUCGAGCUCGGGUCGCGCAUCGACGAAGGAGGCGGCGAGGACGCGCCGCGGGUCGGGGUUAAAGCGAAACGCGACAUCGAGAUCGGCGAGAGCGUCGCACGCAUCCCGUCCUCCGCGUGCUUCACGUGCGAAAACUGCGCGCACGCGGACGCGGUGAGGAAGGUCAAACUCUCGGCCGGCGAGGACGAGUGGCUCGCCUCGCUCGGGACCGCGCUCGUCCUCGAGCGAACCCUCGGGAGCUCGUCUCGUUGGAACGCGUACCUCGACUCGUUGCCGCACUCCGAGCCGGACGUCGUGAUGAUGUGGUCCGAGGACGGCGAGCGGCGACGGUACCUGUGCGGCACGGACAUCGAACAGUCGCUCCGGGACGAGCGCGCGGCCGCGCGGACGGAGUGGACGCGGCACGUCAAACCGGUUCUCGACACCCUUCGCGGCGCGGCGAAAGACGUCGGCUUCGACGACUUCCUCGCCGCGCGUUCGGUCGCGUCCUCGAGAGCGUUCACGGUGAACCCGCGCGUCGGCGCGGGUUUGGUCCCGAUCGCGGACUUGUUUAAUCACCGAACGGGCGGUCACCACGUGUACUUGUCGGACGCGCGAGGCACCGCGGCGGUGUCAGAGAGAGACGAGGGGAGCGACGACGACGCGUUGUUUGUGCGCGUCGUGAAGGCGUCGAAAGCCGGGGAGGAGGUGUUCAACACGUACGGCAAGCUCGGGAACGCGAAGCUUCUGUGCUCGUACGGGUUCGCGCAAUUGGAUAACCCGGCGGAUAAGGUCACGAUCGGUGUUCCGGCGCUUCGAGCGGCGGCGGCGUUGCGCGGCGUGAGCGGAGCUCAGAUCGCGACUCGUCUGGCGUGGUGCGACGCCAUCGGGUUGUGCGACGACGAAACCACGUUUGAGUUGCGUCUCGGCGCGGAUCCCCCGGACGUGCUCCUCCUCGUGUCGUGGGUCCUCGCGUCCACGGACGACCGAUUCGACGCCGUACGCGCCGUCAAGACGGGGGGAGACGAGACGUCCAUCGCGGCUGCUCUCAAAGAGACGAUAGAGAGCGGCGCUCGAGGCGGAUUGAAGGACGAGAGCGCGCUCGGGAUAAUAUUGGAAACUUUACGACGAAGGCGGGGGAUGUACGUGAGUUUACCACACGACGGCGACGAGACGGCGACGUGGAAGUCGAGCUUGUCGAUCCUCCUCGAUUCCGAACGCGCGAUCAUAUCAGGCUGCGAGAGGUACUUGGAGCAGCACGGGAACGCGACUGACGCAGAGAGCAAGCGCCGAAAAGUCGAGUCGCCAUCCGAAGACGCGUUCAAUCUUUUCGAUUGA